AUGUAUCGUCAACAUCAGAAUGUUGUACGUGAAAAUUACAUCACACUUGCUGCACAUUUUACAGCUGAUCAACUGUACAAAGCGCAUCGAUUGCAAGUUAAUGAAUUGCUCGGUGUACCUGUCAUACAAUCAAUUAUUGAUGGUUUGGAUUUCAAGCGGACAGCUCUUAAUUCUUCUCUGGUACGUGACAUAACGAAUCGCCUCGAUGCACAGUUUGCAAAGUAUUUCAAUUUGUUAGCUGAAACAAAGAAAUACAUUUCAAGCAGCUCGCAACCAGAUUGGAUUACUUUUCGCGACUAUAGAUCAAUGACAGAAUGUGCACGGAUCACACCGGGAUAUUUGAGCUAUGAAGAACAAUUCGGUACACGCGUAAACAUGACCAGUGCUUGCUUGAUAUCAGCCAAACAACCAUCAAGAUUCUUGUAUUACGCUGAAAAAAAUCUUACAUCAGGUAGCGAGUAA